AGUCGUUGCAGUGAAGAGUUUUACUCGUGCGCGCGUCUCGGUCUUUUAUCGCAAUCAGCAACCGCCAAGCAACGAUUUAGUUGUGCUAAACGGGAUUCGGUAGAGCCGCUGCGUUUGACCAUUAAAUUUAAUGUCGCGGAUGAAAGUGAUUUCUAAGUGAAAUAUACUUAGCGCGUCUGCUUGAUAGACAUCGUUGCGGAUUGCAUCUACGAUUCAUAGUUAGAUCUGUAUUAAUAAAAAUAUCUAUAAGUAAACAUCAAAAUGGGCAAUGCAGGAUACACAUGCAUCCGAAGGACGUUCUGUUGGCUUAAUAUAAUUUUAUGGCUUUGCAGUUGCGCCUUCCUCGGUGCUGGCGUCUGGUUGCGUUUGUCGUACGAGGGCUAUGCCACUUUGCUUCCCGAUCAUCAUGCUUUAAGCGCAGACUCGAUUUUCUUAGCGAUCGGCGUGGUCGGUUUUGUUAUCUCAUUCUUCGGCUGCUGCGGAGCUUGGGUGCAAUCACGUUGCCUGUUAGUGUUGUACUUCCUGCUAAUUGUUAUGCUCUUUUUGAGUGAAUUCCUAAUUGGUUCGAUUGCUUUCCUUUUCCGUGGCGGUUUGGGGCGCACCUUUGCUAACGAGUUGCGUUUCGGUAUUGAGCGACAUUACAAUGCAUCGGAUCGUGGCAGUUUGGUGGCACCAUCGGUCGCUGCCAUUUGGGAUAAUGUGCAGCAAUCGUUCGAGUGCUGUGGUGUAUCCUCGUACGAGGACUGGUAUGAUAUUCAGUCGUGGAGUGGCAAACGUUGGGUACCCGAAUCGUGUUGUCGACCCUCGGAGGCACGUAGUAUAUUGACCGAAGGUUCCGGAGAUAGUUUCCUGCGAGUAGAAUGUGGGAAAUCGGAAAAUCCCGCCCUCUGGUGGAGUAAGGGUUGCGCGCAUUCGCUACAAGCCUGGUUCCAAGGCCAGCUGAAUGUCAUUGGUGCUGUUGGCUUGGGCAUUGCAUUUGCACAACUCUUCGGCUUAAUCACAUCGAUGCUGCUAUUUUGCACCGUAAAACACAAACGUGAAACGGAGACUUAUAAAUCCUAUUCACCAUCGAUUGAUCCGCAGACACGAACGAAUAUGUGGGAGGAUUGAAGCCAACUUUAGCGUUGUGCUGAAAGCAACGAUAGUAUUCUUAUCAUAUCUUAUUGAUUAAAAGCAUUUAAUUAAGAUAUUUAUCUACGAAUUAAUGAAGUGAGAAACGAAUAGGAUUAGUGAUUAAAAUACAUAUGUACGUUCGAUCUAGUGGUAAUUGACGAUUUAUAGUAUUUACUACACAUGCAUAUGUAUCUAUGUAUGUAUGUAUGCAGUUAUACAAUUGUUACUAAACUUGUAUGCAAAUUGUGCCAAAAAUAUUUAUUAAGUAUUCUACGAAGGUCUGUGGAAACUAUUUUUUAGUUAAUUUAUCAUAGGUUAAAUAUUCAAUGGCAAUACUGAAGAAAUAUUGGAAAUAUCGUAAAGAACAAAAAACACUUUUGCCAAUUAAAAUUUCGCUUUUCUUUAUUUGUACUCAGACCUUCGGAUUAUAACGGCUUAACAUAAAAUCCAAUAUACCCAAUAUGUAGUUAUUUCUACUGCAUAAACUGCCAGAUAACAUACGUAUAUAGUAGGUAAUAGUUAAAGACAAAUAGUUUGCGAGUACUAGAACGAGCAUGCCAGAGAGCAGAAAUUAUUUUUAAAAGCACAAGAAUAAAAUUAUGUGGUUGAACGGGCCAUUUUUUUUUGAGUUAAUAACUUGUUAUUGCCUAGUAUUACAUAUCUUAUCUUUAAAGCCACACUUAUUAUUUACACUGUGCAACGUACAUCUUCAGGAUAAACCGAAAGUUACCCUAACCAAAAUUCACAAAACGUACUCACGUAAAAUUUUGUAAAGCAAUUUUUUUGAACAACUCUUGACCACCGAAGCCAAGUGAGGUUAUGAGUGACUAUCUUUCGGGUAAAAUGGCUGAUCCAAUUCAUGAUUUCUGCGGAACUGAUUCCGAUUAUUGGCUCUGGUGAAUAUUUCGGGUACUUACGGGCUCGAAGAAAUGAAAAAUCAAAUGAUAUCACAUUUUUUUCUAUAACGGGGCAAAAUACGAAGUG